AUGGCCAGACAAGGAGAUGGUUUUGAGGGAAACGUGCAACAUCUUCAACAUAAUCCUAUAUACAACUGCAAAACAUGCAACAAGGAUUUUGAACAUGCUAUUCACUGUUACUACUUGGUUGUACGUGUCUCUGAUGACUCAAAGGGAGAAGUCAAGUUUUUGCUUUUCAACAAUAUUGCGGAGAGGCUCAUUAGGAGACCUGCGUUUGAGUUAGUCCAAGAGGCUGGUCAGGAAAAUCCACAUUUUCUACCUCAGUCUCUAACUGAUUUGAUUGGGAGAAAACUUCUAUUUAAGAUUACUAUCGCAACAAGACAAGGUCCCAACAUGACACACCAUAGUAUCCCGACUGGUCCAGCAGUGUCUGUAGAAGAUGCACCUCGUGAAGCUACUCAAAGUCCAUUCCAACAAACCAAAACCAAUGAAUUCAUUCCUCCACCAAGGUUCAUCGUCGAGGAUCAUCCUGAAGCUUACAAUAAUCGAUAUGCAAUGGAAAGUGAGUCUGAAAAUGAAAAUGAUAAUGAAGAUGAGGAGAAUCAGACUUACACUACCUAUCCUCCUGGAGAGACUUUGAUAAACACAUCACCACAACAUAUCCCACAAGAAACUAAUAAUACAGUUACUUCGCCUAUUGUCAUUGGGAUACAAAAAAACGGUUACUACGACGACGGAGAUCCAGGUUGGAAUUUUGUACUUCCUCGGCUCGUGAAUCCUCCAAUGGAGUUAAUGACUUUGUUAUGCAAAGGAGACGAGUUAAGCAAACAUUAUCGAGAGUUCAUACGAGCUUACAAUAUGAUGUUCUCUUUCACAUCUCUUGGGGGGAAGAUAGAUCAUUCUAUUAACAAUGGUCGUGGACCAUUUGUUUUCCGAAUGUCCGGUGAGAACUAUCAUCGUAUUGUUGAUAUAGUUCCCGAGCCUGGACAAGCUCCAAAAUUUUUCCAGCUCUAUAUCAUUGACACUUUAAAUGAGAUCAAAAAUAGACUUGACGCUUAUGCCGGGUCUGACAGAGUUGCUGCUAAGAAACUAAGAGAACCACUUGUUCUUCUUCUGAAGAAUAUGUUAGAUCAGUAUAACCCUCAUGUCAAGGCUUUUAGGUCUGCAAGAGACAGAUUCGACGUGGAAGGAUCAACAGGUUAUAGGAUGAGAUUGAUUGAAAGUCAACAAUCUGAUGGACGGACCCCUAAUCUGCCGACUGCAAAUGAAGUUGCUGCUUUGAUACCUGGAGAUUUUGUUUUAAAUAUGGAGACACGAGAUAUUGUUCUAGAGAGUACAAGUGGAAAGUUGCAAAGGAUAAGUGAAUUACAUCCGGCGUAUUUACCUCUGCAAUAUCCACUAUUGUUUCCAUAUGGAGAGGAUGGCUUUCGAUUAAAUAUUCCUAUUGGUUUUGAAGACAGCACUGCGAGAAAACGCAAGAAUGUAACUAUGCGUGAGUACUUUGCAUUUCGGAUUUUAGAGAGGAGGUGGGAAGCACCUACAAUUACAAGAUCAGGCAGAUUGUUUCAUCAGUUCCUUGUGGACGCUUACACAAUGAUAGAAUCGAGUAGACUACGUUACUUGUGGCUGAAUCAGAAAAAGCUCCGGUCAAGUAGUUACGCUGCAAUCCAGAAAGCAGCUACAAGAGCUGGAGCUAAGAUGGCGGAACAAGGGAGCCGAAUUUUCAUUCCAGCAACUUUCACCGGGGGAAAAAGGUAUAUGAAGCAGCACUACUAUGAUGCCAUGGCUCUGUGCAAAUACCAUGGAUUUCCCGAUAUUUUCAUCACUUUUACGUGUAAUCCAAAAUGGCCUGAAGUUACAAGGUAUCUGAAAAAAUAUAACCUGACCACCGAAGACAGGCCAGAAAUAUUGUGUAGAGUUUUCAAGAUGAAACUCGAUAAUCUUAUCGGCGAGUUGACUAAAAAGAACGGCUCCUUAUUCGGUCCUGUUGCUGCAGUAAUGUACACGAUUGAGUUUCAAAAAAGAGGAAUGCCACACGCUCAUAUUCUUGUCUUCAUGGAAAAAGGAUCAAAAUUUCCAACAGCCGAUGAUAUAGAUAAGAUUAUUUCCGCUGAAAUACCAGACAAGACAGUAGAUCCAGACCUGUAUGUGAUCGUUGGGGAUUGUAUGAUGCAUGGUCCUUGCGGUGCAGCAAAGAAGGAUAAUGUAUGUAUGGUUAACGGUAAAUGUUCUAAGAUGUUUCCGAAACCUCUCAACAUCAGGACAUCGAUUGACGCAAAUGGAUUUCCAGCUUACAUGCGUCGGAUUGAUGGUAGGUUCAUUGAGAAAAAUGGAAUCAGAUUAGACAAUGGAUUUGUUGUACCAUACAACAGAGACCUCAUGCUUCGAUAUCGCGCCCAUAUGAAUGUAGAGUGGUGCGUCCAAACACGAGCUGUUAAGUAUCUUUUCAAAUAUAUUCAUAAGGGACCUGAUUAUGCCUCAGCUGCAAUGGAUAAAGAAGAUGAAGAUGGCGUCAUUGACGAAAUCAAAACAUAUUACGACUGCAGAUAUAUUACUGCAUGCGAGUCGUCUUGGCGGAUUCUUGCUUUUCCUACACAUUUUCGUACUACUUCUGUAGAGAAACUUGGCUUUCAUCUUCCGGAUCAGGAACUGGUAUUUUUUGAUGAAGACGAACCUAUUGAGAGUAUUCUCAACAAAAAGACUGUCAACCAAACCAUGUUUUUGGCCUGGUUCAUAGCAAACAGAAAAUAUGCAGAGGCAAGAGAGUUGACAUAUGCGGAAUUUCCAACAAAAUUCGUUUGGAAAUCAGGUACGAGAGAAUGGGUACCACGGAAACGAGGCUUUGCGAUAGGGAGGAUUGCGCAUAUUCAGCCAUCAGGUGAUGAGCUAUAUUUCUUAAGAGUAUUGCUAAACUGGGUAAGAGGGCCGACAUCAUACGAGGAUAUAAGAACAGUUGAUGGUGUUUUAUAUCAUACAUACGAAGAUGCUUGCUAUGCGUUGGGAUUGAUGGAUGAUGACAAGGAAUUCAUAGAAGCUAUCAAAGAUGCCAGUGACUGUAGUUCUGCGACGUAUGCAAGGAAGCUUUUUGCGAGAAUGUUGGUUUCCAAAUCGUUGUCUCAGCCUCAUGUAGUGUGGGAAGCUACUUGGGAGUAUCUUACCGACGAUAUUCUUUACAAGAAGCGGCGAGAAACUGGAAGACCUGAUAUGAACUUGACCAUAGAUCAUUUGCUCAGCAAUGGUCGUAGCCUCAAGAAAUGGCCCCACAUGCCAAAGCCAGAAAAUUUUGGAGAUUACAACGGCAAUCGCCUUAUAGAUGAUGAGCUUAAUUAUGUUGUGGAAGAUCAGCUAAAGGAAAAUGAAAGACUUAUGGCGAUGAUAACAGAUGAGCAAAGAGGGGUAUACGAACAGAUUCUGGAUGCAGUUUUAAAUGAUAGCGGUGGAGUGUUCUUUCUUUAUGGUUAUGGAGGCACAGGAAAAACCUUCGUAUACAGAGCACUCUCGUCAGCUAUCCGAUCUAAAGGUAUGAUUGUUCUAAAUACCGCAUCAAGUGGAAUUGCAGCAUUGUUGUUGGAAGGAGGUAGAACCGUACAUUCCAGAUUUGGUAUUCCGAUAGAUGCAGACGAAUUCAGUACUUGCAAGAAAAUGGAGGCAGGAUCAGAUCGUGCAGAAUUAGUUAAAGCGGCAAAGUUAAUUGUAUGGGAUGAGGCGCCUAUGAUGAGCAGACACUGUUUCGAAACGUUGGAUCGCACUAUGCGUGAUAUUAUAAGAUCUUGUGAAGAAAAACCUUUUGGGGGUAAAGUUGUUGUUUUCGGUGGAGAUUUCAGACAGAUUUUACCGGUUAUACCUGGAGGUGGUAGAGCAGAGACUGUUUUGGCGGCUCUGAAUUCGUCAUAUCUUUGGGAGCACUGCAAAGUUCUGAAGCUAACAAAAAACAUGAGAUUGCUGGCUGGUCUUACUGAUGAUGCAGCAAAAGAGCUUGAAUCCUUCUCAAACUGGAUUUUGGAUAUAGGAGAUGGAAAAAUAAAUUUGCCUAACGACGGUCAAGUUGAGAUUGACAUCCCUUCUGAUUUGCUGAUACAAAAUAGUGGAGAAGACCCUAUUGAGACUAUGGCAAAAGAGGUUUAUGGACAAGCUUUUCAAACUUCAACAGAUAACGAUUUGUAUAGACAUCGAGCCAUUCUUACUCCCACAAAUGAUGAAGUGGAUAAAAUAAAUGACUACAUGCUUUCGCAGUUGCCAGGAGAAGAGAAGGUUUACCUUAGCUCUGACAGUAUUAUCCCAUCCGAUGUUGACAUAGAAGAAAAUGUCGUAUAUUCUGCAGAGUUUUUGAACAGUGUUAAAGUGGCUGGACUGCCUAGACAUUGCUUGAAGCUCAAGGUUGGUGCUCCUAUCAUGUGUCUUCGUAACAUGGAUGUUGCAGAUGGUUUAUGUAAUGGUACUAGGCUAAUUGUUACUCAGUUACUGCCCCAUGUGAUAGAAGGUAGAAUUAUAACCGGAAACAAAAUUGUUGGACAUCCGGUUUGGAUCCCUAGAAUGUUUGUCACACCACCUGACACCAAGUUCCCCUUCAGAAUGCGUCGAAGACAGUUUCCAGUUACUUUGGCUUUCGCGAUGACCAUCAACAAAAGUCAAGGUCAAACACUGGAAAGUGUUGGGUUGUUUCUGCCUAGGCCAGUGUUCUCUCAUGGUCAGCUCUACGUUGCACUUUCAAGAAUGGGUAGUGAUGGGUUAGGAACUGAUUGUAUUCAGGAGCAUCCCGUUUUCUGA